GUAACAGGUUUAUUUCAGAACUGUUCUACACUGAAUUUAACAAAAAAGAUUAACCGAUAAAAAAAUAUGAACUGAUUAAAUGUGAUAUUUUUAUAUAAACACACAAACGGUGGUGUAUGUGACUGCAGCACGAGGAGAUCAUGAAGGAAAUCUGCUGCUGCUGGAUGGACAGUUCUGCUGGAUGAACAGUUCUGCUGGAUGAACAGUUCUGCUGGAUGGACAGUUCUGCUGCUGGAUGGACAGUUCUGCUGCUGGAUGGACAGUUCUGCUGGAUGAACAGUUCUGCUGCUGGAUGAACAGUUCUGCUGCUGGAUGAACAGUUCUGCUGGUUCCUGCUGUUAACUUGCUGUUACCUGGCCGCGAGUAGUGACGUCAGAACCCCCCCCUCUCCCCCUGCUCCUGUAGGGCGUGGCCCAGAUCCUACCUGUAGGGUGGAAAGGGGAAUCUCCCGAGGAAGGUUCUGUACCGGUCCGGCGAAAAGUCUGCGGAGGUUCCGCUCCAGAUUCUCCACUUCCACUUCCACCGACACGACGGAGAGACGCGCCUCCACCUUCACGCGCCCAAGGAGAACUUUAUUUUAAUACUUUUAACAAUAAUAAUAAAAAUUAAUCCGUGCUGGACUCGGGAUGAUGUUCCGGCUCCUCCGGGGGCUCAGACACGGUCCGGAACGCGCUGAAGGGUCGCCGGGACACGUGCACAUGACACGUCCCGAGACCGAGUGACCUGCAGAGGAAAACAGAACCGAGCUGAGGAGCAGCCUGGCGGGGUAAUGAUGCCGUUUUUCCCGCUGAGGAAAAUCAAGAGGAACGGAAUAUACCUGCUGUUCGGGGCGGUGCUGGUGGUCGUGGGGAUCUCUGCCUAUCUGGAAUACGUGGCCACUAACACGUGGGAUAACGUCGAUGACAGUCAGCAGAAGGACCAAGCGUCCCACGUCAAGUCUGGAAAUGGAGAUCAGAUUUCCAAUGAGGACAUCGUUUGGUCAUCUAGAUACGUUCCUCAGCUCUGGAGGUCGGAGUAUAAAGGCCAGGCGAAUCUUCAUGUCUUUGAGGAUUGGUGUGGAAGCUCCAUCGCUAGCCUCAGGAAGAACCCACACUACCCCCUGUACCCUCACUCUCGUAUCACGGUGAAGAAACUUGCGGUCUCUCCCAACUGGAAGAAUUACGGCCUCAGGAUCUUUGGCUACAUUCACCCACAAACCAAUGGUGAGUUCGUGUUUGCAGUAGCGUGUAAUAAUAACUGUGAGUUCUGGAUGAGUCGGGACGAGAACCCGGAGAACCUGCGACUCCACGCUCAUGUUGGGAAGACGGGUGAGGAAUGGAGCGCUCCGGGCGAGUACAGCAAAUACACCAGCCAAACCUCCAAACCUCUCCUACUUCAGAGGAAUAAAAGGUUUUACUUUGAGUUGAUCCACAAACACAACAGUCACGGCACCGACCACGUGGAAGUGGCAUGGAGAUUCAACACAGCAGAGACGCAGUUUGAACUGAUUGACUCCAACUCACUGUCUCUUUACACCGUUGAGUCCUCUCUGAAGAUGAGUGAUGUCAGUCACAUUCCUCAGACAGCUGCAAGUCAUGAAGUUCUGCCUCUGAAAAAAGCACAAGCUCCAGAACACGGGGCAGAGAUGCUGAGAGAAGACCUUCGUGACACUUUUUUAAAGGUGAGAAUGCCUUUAUUAGACAGGGCCAGAUUACGGGGUGUGUUACCGGAAUGUUCCUAUAGACCCAGUUACACACUGAAGGGCAGGCAGGUCGGCCGAUAUCAGGGUCUGCAGUUUGUUCGCAUGACUUACGUUUACCCCAACGACUGUACACGGCUUACACACAUGGAGAGUGAGAACACGUGUUUCUACCAGAUGAAACCGUACUAUUUGGAGAUGUACGGCUUGUCACAAUACAUGAGACUGGACCAACCUCAGGAGAAAGAGGCAGCCUUCAGAAACAAUGGUGAUUAUGGGGAAGGAUGGAAGGACUUCAGAGUGAUGGGCCGAGCCGGACAGGACAAGGAGACACCAUAUGAGGAGGAUUUUGACUACCGUGAUGAUUCCAUACAGCACCAAGGAAGGAAACUCUUCGCUAACUCACUAAGCAGAAAGAGAUCGAGUAGAAGAAGGAGGACGAAUAGACAGUAUGUGAAAGGAAUUGAGACGGUGCAGCAGGAGAUCCAGGCAGCAGAUAAUGUCUCUGUAUCAGAGAGAGAGAACCAAUACAAGCUCCAGAACCAAAACAAAAUGGCAGAUGAGAACCAGUAUAAUCAGGGAAGACCAAAUAAAAUGGCAGCUGGAAACUAUGAUGAUAAUCAUCAGAGACGAAACAAAACGACUGACAAGAACCAAUAUAAUCAGCAAAAACAAAACAAAACGGUGGAAAAUAAUCAAUUUAAACUCCACAACCAAAACAAACUGGUGAAUGAGAACCAAAAUAAACAAAACAAAAACAAAAUGAGGGAAAAUAAUCAAUAUAAUCAGAAACAAAACAAAAUGGCCGACAGAAACCAGUAUAAACAGCAGAGACAAAACAAAAUAGGUGAUGAGAAACAUGUUGGAUGGAUGGAUGUCAUUAUAAAUCAGAAAGGAAUCAACAAACGUGUUGUUCAGGUGAAUCAUGUGAUGGUAGAAGAUAAAGCUCCACUCCAGGAUCAAAGGUCAGGAGAAAAAACGGAUAUUAUUAACAAAAUGAAAAACAACACGAGGAAAAUUUCUGCAUCGAGGUUCGAGAACCAUCAGCCUGGUGAUCUCAUCAAUCAGAAGCGUUCUCAAGGCAUUAUAGAACAUAACAUUCAUCAGAACACUAAAUACAACAACACUUCAACACUGCAGAGAGGCGGAGCCUUGGGUAAUGAAGGUGUGGCCAAAACUCGUGAAGAACUUAUCAAGGACGAGGCAGAAGUCUGGAUGGUGUAUGGAGACUCGGACAUGGAGGGCGGGGACUUUAGGGAUACGUACGACCCUGAGAUCAGAUGGGAUCAGACAUUUCAAGUCAGUCAGACAGACUUUCAGACGAUGAGGACGGAUUGGAUCGACCUGAACUGUAACGUGAGCGGGAAUUUGCUGAUCAGCCAAUCAGAAGUGACGGCUUUGGUGCAAGCUUUUAUGGAGAAACUCCAGCUGAAAUAUCCGCGUAAGUUCUCUCUGCAGCGUGUGGUGAAUGUAGAGAAGAGGGAGGAUGAGAGACGGGGCAGUCGUUAUCUUCUGGAGUUGGAGCUGAUGGAGGAAUCAGGAGCUCGAGUUCGUCUCGUUCAUUACGUCUACGUGCUGCAGUUUAAAAGCAUCCAGCGCCCGAGUGUGAACUUCGACGUGCUUCUGUGUAACCCACAUAACUUCCUGUGGAACCCUGACGCUACUAUACACAUUAUCGUACCAGUGAAGAACCAGGCUCGUUGGGUGCAGAAGUUCAUUGUGGACAUGGAGGAGCUUUACCGUGGCACAGGAGACGAAAACAUCAACAUCAUCAUUGUUGAUUUUUCCAGCACUGACAUGGAUGUAGAACAAGUGCUGAAGAAUUCUCGUCUUCCCAAGUCUCAGUAUUUAAGACUGACAGGGAACUUUGAAAGAUCAGCAGGUCUUCAGGCUGGAAUCGACCUUAUCGCUAAUAAUCACAGCAUUGUGUUUCUGUGUGACCUUCACCUCCACUUCCCGCUGGGGUUCUUUGACUCGGUGAGGAAACACUGUGUUGAGGGACACAUGGCCUUCGCUCCUUUAGUGAUGAGGCUUAACUGUGGAGCGACGCCUCAGGAACCCGACGGUUACUGGGAGGUGAACGGUUUUGGUUUGCUGGGUAUUUAUAAAUCAGACCUGAACGCUGUAGGAGGCAUGAACACCAAAGAAUUCAAGAACCGCUGGGGAGGAGAGGACUGGGAACUCCUGGACAGGAUCAUAGAGGCAGGGCUGGAGGUGGAGCGUCUCCACCUGAGGAACUUCUUCCACUACCAUCACUCCAGACGGGGCAUGUGGAAUCGCAAAACACUACGCAGAACGUAGAUCUGGCAACCCAACAUCUUCAGAAAUGACACUGGUUAUGGCACUUAAACCUCCAUCACCCUCACCUUUGCCCUGUUUGACUGCAGGCGUGGUGCUCCCUUAUGUGGGUGGAGCUAUGAGACAAUACUGAGGUUUGAUUGGUUGUUCCUCACUGGUUAUCACUGACUCUUUAUAGGUGCUGGUGAAGUUCUCAGGAUGUCACACACUCGGAUUAUUUUAAUUAAUGUUUAACAGUUUUUACAGCCCGUGAGCUGAACAUGAGUGAGAAUUUUAUACCAAAGUCAUCAGCGGUACACACGUGAGGGCGGAGUUUGUCUAAAAACAAAAAAGGGGUGUGUCCGAGAUGUCGUUUAACUUUAACUAGUUGAUGUUUCUCUGUAAGUGUUGUGUGGACAGUUUAUCCUUCACACACACUCUGAGAACAUCGGAGAACACAAACCAUGAUGAUAUUUUAUUGACUUACUUCUACAGAACCCGACUCUGAAUACACAUAACUUUCCCAGGUAACUUGUUUGUGCACGUUUUUUUGCAUUGUGUAACAUGGGUGUAAGAUCAGACCUUUACUAUACAGUAAUUAUCUCCACUCUUCUGGGAAGAUGUUCCACUAGAUAUAGUGAAGAUUUUGUGGAGAUUCAUUCAGCUACGAGUGUGUUAGUAAAGUCAGGUAGUGAUGAAGGUGAGAAGGUUCCUGGGGUUCAGUCA